GGGGCGGGAAGAAGGAGCUACUUUAGGGAGUCCAUCCUCGCCUGUAGCCUGGGAGUUGCUUCCGGGUUCCGCGCCCGGAAGCAGGAAGUUGUCGGCUUCUCUGCCUCGCCCGGCGGCUGUUGUCCCCGAGGCGGGAGGAGCCCAAGGGGGCGCGGGCCCCGCAUGUAUAAGCCUCUGUUAAGAGUCAAGCUCACUCUUCGGAACUUCUCUCUGUGACAAAGCUCAUUCUGCCAGAGUUGGACCCUCUUUCUGGAGGAUUCAUUGUAGUUGAUCUCUUUUCCAGUUCUCAGCAACUCAGUUGUGAUAAUCAAGGGACACGGUGUUGUGGUUUUGGAACUGCCCCUUCAGAACAGGAAAAUACUUGAAAAGCAUGAGGACUGCAGCCUGCUAGGUCUGAAGAGCUCCCACGCCAUGGUUUUUGUGUUGCCUGAAAUCCUUGCUCUGCCAGGAACAAAGCGAGUCAGCAUGUUCCUCACAGCCAAUCUUGCCUUCAGUGAUCAGUUCUCCUCCUACAAGGUCUGAUAAGGAGAAAAUUUGGAGAUGUUCUAAAUUAAAUAACAGCGGCUGGCUGGAGAGUGAAAGAGACAGUUAACCUGGCUGCUGGCCGGCCAGGGAUUUUGCCCUAGAAGACAUGGAUCUUGCUGCCAAUGAGCUCAGCAUUUAUGACAAACUUUCGGAGACUGUUGAUUUGGUGAGACAGACAGGCCAUCAGUGUGGCAUGUCCGAGAAGGCAAUUGAAAAGUUUAUCACACAGCUGCUGGAAAAGAAUGAACCACUGAGGGGACCACCCCAGUAUCCUCUCCUUAUAGCUGUGUAUAAGGUCCUCGCAACCCUGGGAUUAAUCUUGUUCACUGCCUACUUUGUGAUUCAGCCCUUCAGCCCAUUACCACAUGAGCCCGUACUUUCUGGAGCCCACACCUGGCGCUCACUCGUCCAUCACAUCCGGCUGAUGUCCUUGCCCAUGACCAAGAAGUAUAUGCCGGAAACUAAGGGAGCUCCUCUGCAUGGGGGUGAUGAAGAUAGAUGCUUUCCAGAUGGAAAUAAAAUGAAUCCUUGGAGCUCAGUUAUAAAGGGAGAGCAUUGGAAGGACUUUGACCUCUGGACAAAUGACCAUGAGCAGAAUGAAUCGGACCUCAUCCCUGCCAACUGCACUGGUUGUGCCCAGAAAUUACCCCUCAAGGUAGUGCUCCUGGAAGAUACCCCGAAGAAAUUUGAGGGACUCCAUCCUCUGGUGAUCAAGACGGAACAGUCCCUAUCUUCUGAGGAGCUUCAGCAUUUUUUGUGCCAGUACCCUGAGGCCACAGAAGGCUUCACGGAAGGUUUUUUCGCCAAGUGGUGGCGCUGCUUUCCUGAUCGGUGGUUCCCAUUUCCUUAUCCAUGGAGAAGACCUCUGAACAGAUCACACAUUUUACGUGAACUUUUUCCUGUUUUCACCGACCUGCCAUUUCCAGAAGAUGCCUCCUUGAAAAAGUGCUUCCUUCUUCAACCAGAACCUAUUGUGGGGAGUAAGAUGCACAGGAUGCAUGAUCUAUUUACCAUCGGCAAUGGUGAGGCCAUGUUGCAGCUCAUCCCUCCCUUCCAGUGCCGAAGACACUGCCACUCUGUGGCAAUGCCACUAGAGUCAGGAGAUAUCGGCUAUGCAGGUGCCACCCACUGGAAGGUCUACAUUAUAGCCAGAGGGGUGCAGCCCUUGGUCAUCUGCGAUGCAACCGCCGUCUCAGAACCGUAGGAAACAGUACCGUACAGAGGAACAACUUUGCGAGGCGAAGACCAGAUUGAAAGGAGGAUAUAAAAACAAACGAUGAAACCACUUUCCAGGGGUUGGUUCCUUAGUUCCCUGCCCUGUGCAUGUGUGUGCAAGCCCUCUGUGCGCUGGAGGCGAUGGUGAGCCCGGCCCGCCCGCCUCUUCCAGCCCCGCUGCUGGGCCACGACUGUGCCAGGACCUGGCUGGGAGACACUGUUCUGCCACCAUAGCCUGGCAGCUGCCCUUCAGGCCGGGCGCAGGGUUGGUGCCUUCCCUCCCUGCAUGGCAUGACCCCCUCUGCUGGCUCCUGGCCACAGAGAGGGUAGCCCACAGGUCCUGACUUCAGAGCCAUCCUUGACUGCGUGUCCUGUCUUCCUGGCCACACCACCUGCAACUUUUUCAGGAAAGCUAUGGCUGAUUAAAGACGUUGUUGCAGUUUCCUAACAAGAAUGGAACCUAUAACCAGUGAAAAAAGAUCAGAUAACCUCAGAUUGCACUCAAGAAAGUGCACUUCUUUCCCAGCGUCCAUGGCUGUUGGAGUCUGCUGCCAGGCUGGAGUCUGGCUACAAUUGCAAUGGGCAUUCCUAAAAUAAUACUUUUCUCCAUUUACUGGGUUCUGAUGCCUCCCCCUCCCCCCGCCCCCCCCCCACACACAACUCCUUCCCUUCUUCCUUGCCUGUUGGGGGGGUUGGGGGGGCGGUUUCUCAGCAGCUGGGCUCUGGGUCCCCCUUCCCUUGGCUGGGCCAGACCCCCUUACUGAUGAGGCUGCACCAUUCCUGUCAGCUGUGUUGCUUUUACGAAGUGUCUUCGGAGAGGGAUGAGUUAGAGUGCUGGCCUGGGAAGAGGGUGCCUCCCCAGGUUUGAUCUUUCGGGUCUGACUCUGCAGGAAAGAUGUUUUACAGAUGUGACAAGCUGAUGUUGUAAUGUGGUUGGGGAAGGAACUCCAGACCCAGAGUGUUUGCCAGCUGGGUGUGCGACUCUGAUCCUCUGUCUUAAAAUGAUCUCUUUGUGCUGGGAAACAAGGUGAGGUGUUUUGAUUUUUUGUAAUAAUGUAAAGCUAUAUCCUUUUGAGUAGGUAAUUCACUAUGCUCAUUGUUUCCCUUAAGUGUUUUUAGUAGGUGUGAAUCAAAUCAAAUGGUGUAAAAAGGACACUCUUUUCUUGUUUCCUUCUUUUCCUUUAUUAUUCCUCUACCGACACUGCUAGAUAUCGGGCCUCUGAUCGUGCCGUCGCCGAGAUGAAGGAAAACCAAGCCACUCUGUGGCGCCUGAUUCUGAGUGGCAGAAAUCGCAUGGACACAGGAGGUGUCUGUGUCAGAGUGAUGGUCCAGAGACAGGCAGUGGUGAGGGACGCGGGUGUGCCUCCUCCCGGGUCCUCUGCAUCCCGGAGGCGCCCCCACAUCUGUCCCCAGGCCCUGUUUCUCUGCACAUCUGAGCAGCAGUGGGGAUCCCUGGGCGCCUGAACCGCCUGUUUGUGGGCUUCGAAAGGACAAUCAGGGUUCACAGAACUCAGGGUGGAAACACUCAGAGCCGCCUCCGCAGGCGUGAUUGAAACACGGAUGAACUGUACCUGAGGGAAUUCGCCCUUAAAAGAACCAGCGCCUUGUGUUGGUUAAUGCAGGAGAAACAAAGCCUUUUGUACACAUAAAAGUCACAGCUGCGAAGCAGUUAGGAUUUAAGGGGUUUUACAUCACAGGGAUCAUGGAGAGGCCAGCUUCCUGCACGCUUUUCAAGCCUUUGCCGUGUCCUUAUCCCUUUGCCGCACUCGGGGAGAAGGGAGUAUAUGUAAACAAGUCCUUCAGAGGCUUCUCGGAGUUUUCCUUAAUCAGGCAGGCCCCUGUGGGUUAAGAAAAGAGAGACUUCCUGAGGAGCAAAACAACUUAAUGAUGAUUGAGAAUUCCUGUUUCCUUUUUAUGAAUUACUGUCUUCCUUCUCCAUUUCACUCCUGCCCUCUACACCUUACAUGUUCGUGCAAUAUCCACUUCAGCUCAAAACUUGGAAAUCUCAGAAAGCUUUGCAUGUGUUGGUGUGUGAGGCGUUCCCAGCCCCCCCCAGCUCCUGAGCUGUCUACAGUUCAACAAAGAAUGGUGUGGCAGCAGACAGAGACGUGUGUGCAUGUGCUACUCAUUUGACUGAAAAUCUAUCCAGUUCAGAAUUGAAUGUAGAUUUAUGUUAGCAGAGAACUUCUCCAAAGAGUUUUCUGCUCCUAAUUACGGGAUACAUAGAAGCGAUUCGCCUUCUUCUCAAGGUAAUCUGAUCAGCUGACCCUACCAGGGACCAGUGCUAUAGGAAUGGCCUGGGGUUGCCAGCCGGUCCCUUUCUGGUUGUCCACAGCUUUGUGUGAGGGUGCUGCGGGAUUUUCUCUGCUCACCUAGCUCUCAACUCGCGAAGCAGCAGAUGACCCCCCCACAUGACACGUGUGGGAACGAGGGUCAUUAAUGAGGAAGGGUCGGGGAUGCAGGGGGACCUCCUAACCAAUUCCCCACCUGCACCACCACAGUAAGAACAAAGCCACGGCCCUCAAAACAGGAACUCGCUCAUGAGUUGGUUGGGUAUUUACUAAGAGGUGAUGUGUGACCUCCACACGUGGCUUAGGUUCCCUUUCUUACAGUCUCCCAGAACAGAGUCUCUUGUCCCCAGAAAAAACAGCUGUAAGGGGAGAAGGGCUGCUUGGGCACCAGUGUGGGCCUAUAUGUCCAGAUGUCCAAGUCUCAGGAGUCGAGUGUGAGACAGACAUUCACCUGUUCUGGCUGAUGAAAAGAGGCAGAGCUUAUCCUUUCCCCACACCCAUUUUGUUUAGGGAAGGAAAAGUAAUACAAUAAUGGUUUAUGAAAACAGAAUCCACCUGUUCGGUGAUACAUAAAACAAUCUAUGAAACUGGCAGACGGGCUCAUCUUUUAGGAGAAAGGAAUAACAUUUGUGGAGUCCAUGAUGUCCUUUAAUCUUUAUUCAGUCCUGUGCAGUAGGUAUUAGAUCCUCAUUUCACAAGUAAAAACCAGGGCUUGGGACAGUUAAGUGCUGGUUGGUAAGUAGUUGGUUCUGCAGCAUAUAGUUUUCCUGCCUCAGCUCAAGCGUGGUGCCCAAGAACUAAGGUGGCUGACUCGACUUGGGUGAGCCCUACUGGGGUAGGAGAGCCUAGGGGUAGGGUCAGCAAGCCAGGAACUCUUCAGCGUUUGUUUUUAAAACUGGACAGAAAUGGAGGAGGAGAGCAUCUAACCAGAUGAUUUUAUAAAAAGGCUUUCCCUUUUUCCCUCCCCAUUUGAAAACCCUUUCAGAGGGAGUGUGGCUGGAACACAACUCUGUCCAUCCUUUUCCCAUUGUUCCACGUUUCCAGAUGUAUGACCAGAAGAGGGACUCUGCCCAAUUCCAGUUGUGGGUCCCCUUGGAGUUUACAUCACUUGUUUUUCAGUUCUUGGUCUUCUAGUCUUCCCUCCCCAAAUCCAGCAUAGGAACAAUUAUUUUAAAACAAAAUCUCAAGUUCCUCAGCUGCAGGUGAUGGAAUGACAUCAGUCAUUCUAACGUCGUCUGGGUGAGAGUUUGCUUAUUUAGUCAGUGGCUUCCGUCAUGAACACAGAAAACCCCAAAGCAGAUGAUCGCUUCUCAUCGAACCCUUGCCCAGCAGGAGGAGGCCAAGUUUUAGGGGAGAGGGAGGGAAAGCUGCAUGUCUGGGUGCACGGGCAGACAAUCUCAUCUGCCUUUUGAGAAUCAGUUAUUAAACAGGGGUCUUUUAAGCUUUUGAGUUCUAGUGAUGGAGGAGAAGCUCCUGAGUUCACAAGUUCCACACUCGUUAACUUUCAGUGGCCACCCAUCACCCACUAAAAUUGGUUGACAAAAGAGAGCCGAGAUGUACCUUGAAACAGUACGUUGGCUGAGAUCCUCUCCGUGCUUGGACCUGCGCAGAUUAUGUAGAGAGCCUAGGCACGGCAGGGCCAGGAAGCUAGGAAGGUGAGCUGCUUAUGGGGAGAACCCUGAAAAAGGCGGGGCUCUGGGCAUGUGCUGUGUCCCCAUCAGCUCAGGUAUCCCUGGCCACCUCACCCCCAAGUCUCCUGAUACCCAGCAGCUCCUUCCACAAAAGCAUCUCGGAGAAGAUGGACAGAUCCUCUGUCAGUCCUCCCUGGACAGUGUGGCUUGCAGUGCUGGCCUUGUGAGAAACCCUCCAGCCAGCCUGUCUGUCGUCCAGGUCCCUCAGCGUCUGGCUUCCCUGCCCUGCAUAAUUGAAGCAUUAGAGCUAAAUACAUCUGUCAUCUUCCUUUCUCUGGAGACGGGAACUGUCCAGACCUUGUCAGAAUAGUGGAGAGAAGAAAUAUUACGUAACUCCAGUCAGAGGCCUGGUACUGUCCAGAACUGGCGGGGCUGGCCCGUCGAGGCCAUUCCUCCUGCGAUUAGCGCAUCUGUCACUCAGCCGGCAUCCAUCCAAGAGUGAGCCACAGCUGCGAGCAGCCAUGCAGAGGAGGGAAACCAGUUGAGCUUGAGUUUUAAACAAAUUGGGGGAGUCAGGGCAUCUGCUUUGUGCCAGGCUUAAUCUCCCUCCUUACUCUCCUCAUAACGAGUCUGGGGGUCAGUGAGGUCAUCCUAUGAAGCCACCCUAACUCGCGACUGCAAUGUCCCAGCCUGGAAACUUCAGCCCAAGGGCACUCGCAAACGUUUGACGAACCAGCGGUCACUUCCCAGUCUCAUCAUAAGUGAGGUGCUCUUGGAGAUAACCCUGUAGCGAAUGAAAAAUGGGGGGCUCUGGGAAUGUGCUGUGUCACCAUCAGCACGUGUAUCCCCUGCUGUCUCACCCCCAGUCUCCUGAUAAUCCAGCAACUUUUCUCCAAACUUCUUUCUGUAUAGUUUCACCCUCAGAAAAAUGCUGGCUGUGACCUCUUCUCCCUCCCUCGCUGCUGCGGGAAGGUCAGUGACAGCCCGGGGGAGAAGACUGGAGAGGCAGAGGUAAGCCAGAGGCUCUGCUGAGCCUCCUCCCUGCUGUCAUCAGGCAGAGGAGCCAGACAGCUGCAGUCCAUCUUCAGGGGGCCAGGAGGGUGGGCCCAGGUGGGAGAUGGACGUCUGUCCCAGCCACUCGUGCUCCACACAGUCUAAGCUGUUAAUGUGUGUUCCGUGCAGAAUGUGGGCAGUAACUUAAUGCACUGCAAACUUGUAAAGACCUCCACCAUGUAAAGAAUGUAUGCAAAUUCAAGUUUUAUGUAAUGGAAUGGAAGUUUUUACUUUUUACAAUUAAAAGUGUAUGUUGGUUGAUAA